CGAUUCUCUUCAGAGUCGCAACAAAUCCAGACGACUACAAAUCGUCUCUGGUUCAUCACCUAAGUACAAUUCGCCACUCACGUGUUUUUGAGAACAGCCCUCCUUAGUUUAGUAGAAGAUGAGGAUGUCAGACGAAGACCAAACCGGAUUGCAACAAGCAGCUGGCGAAGAUUAUAGUAUUGAGGAAGUCGAUCCUGCCGGCAACGUCACUCUUCUCAUUGAGGGUCCGAGUGUGGCACGGUUUCUCGUAUCAUCCAAAAUACUCAGCAUUGCGUCCCAGGUAUUUGCAGGAUUGUUUCAUUCCGGGUUUUCCGAGAGUAUGCAGAUGGAAAACACUACAUGUCCCACAAUUUCCCUGCACGAAGAUAAUCCGGAGGCGAUGCGAGUGAUCUUCCGAGCCCUUCAUUACAAAGACCCAGAGCAAGGGAUUUUAAUCGACGCAGGAAUGCUCGCCACUCUUGCUAUUCAUUGCAAUAAAUAUGAUUGUGCGAAGGCACUUCAACCGUGGGUCUUCAAAUGGUUUAGCGGACUACAGAAUAGUACGACUUCCGAGGAGGAUUUCGGCUACCUUCUCCUUGCGGCACAUCUAUUUCGUUCUGCAGAGCAGUUCUCUAGGCUAUUCAUCAAGGCUCAAACCGGGCUUUCUUUGGCCUUUUUUGCUCGUUGGGAGAAGAUGGAUACGAUGGACCUUUUACCUGACGGCGUCCAACGUGAACUGGCGGAUCGAAUUGAGAAACUACUUGACCGAAUUCACAUUGAACUCCAGUCUGUGGAGGGUCGGUUGAGGGACAACCAAGCAGGAUAUCUAAUGCAGGGUUUAUUAUGCGUGCUCUGUGGGAGAACCCACCCAGAUACAGCUCGAAAAUGUCAUCAUUGCAAAAACAACAACUUGAUUGACAAAUACUGCACAAGUGAUUCCCGAAUAGCGGAAUACUUUGCUGCUUUGAGGAAAUCAAGGCUUUGGCCAUCCUUGGAAGCCUUUCAAAAUUCCUCUGCGGACGAGAUCGCAUCGUUUAUAUCGCAAAUAAGACGGGCCCUUAGACACAGUUGUCACACAAUAUCCUGCCCACUCGAAUCUGAAUUGGACAGGCUUACAAAAAGUGCAAAUGAAAUCAUUGGUGAGGUUAGAGGGAUUGACCUAAAUCCUCUCAUCUGACACUAAAUACUACAACUGUCAUAACAAAUUCAUGAGUGCGCAUAUGUUACAAGGCAGGUUUGUCUUGCUGCAAUCCAUUUCUCAGCCUUUUAUGUUCAGAACUAAGGCGGCUUGGAUUCUUGGCUUAACAAAAAAAGAAAAAAAAAGGGGGUAUCCAAGAGAUAGAGCAUAGUUACUAAGUGUGGUACUAAGGUCUUACUGCACAUUCUUCGU